AGAAGAGCUGCACUUCCGGAUAACUUCCUAGUUGUCGUGUUUGAAGUCUGCUCUCUUACAAACGAAUAGCUUACUGACAAAACACGACUUUAAUAUAUGGUAUCAGUAAGGUUAAAGGACAGCUGAAAGGGCCACGGAGACUGGCUGGUGAUGGAGAGGCUCAUAACCAAGCUCACAGAAAAGCAGGUCCUUUUCACUGCUUCCUUCGCGGUACGGCUGGCCCUAGUUGCCUAUGGAGACCACCAGGACAGGACUAUGGUGGUGAAGUACACCGACAUCGACUACCAUGUGUUCACAGAUGCUGCAAGAUUCAUCACUGAGGGGGAGUCCCCGUACAACAGAUCCACGUACCGCUACACCCCUCUCCUAGCCUGGAUGCUCACCCCUAACAUCUACCUCAGCAUGGUAUUUGGCAAGAUCCUGUUCAUUGUGUGUGAUGUGCUGUCAGGGCUGCUCAUCUACAGAAUCCUCCGCCUGAGAGGUCUGGGCUCUGAGACUGCACGUCGUGUUUGUUCACUGUGGCUCCUCAACCCACUGACGAUGGGAGUAUCCAGCCGAGGGAAUGCUGAGUCAAUCCUGGCAGCUCUGGUGCUGGGGACAUUACUCUGCAUGGAAGCCCGGCAUCUGAUGUGGGCAGCCAUACUCUAUGGUCUGUCAGUCCAUAUGAAAAUCUACCCAAUUACAUAUGCUCUGCCCAUUGCUCUGACCCUGCGUACACCAGAGACCAGAUCAGAGGAGGAAAGAAAGAGGUGGAGGAGCUUCAUUGGGUUUAUAGGAAGCUUCUUCAACCGAGAGCUGCUCCUCUUUGCAAGUGUGGCCGGAGGAGUCUUCUGUAUGCUCACAGCGUUCUUUUAUUACAUGUAUGGUUGGGAGUUCCUUCAUGAGACCUACUUGUACCAUCUGACCAGAAGGGACAUCAGACACAACUUCUCUCCAUACUUCUAUAUGCUCUACCUCACUGCAGACAGCAGGUGGAGCCAGUGGCUCGGCCUGGCAGCGUUUCUCCCACAGCUCAUCCUGCUGUUGGUAGCGUCGUGGGCCUUUCACUCUGACCUGGCAUUCUGCUGUUUCCUGCACACCGCCAUCUUUGUGUCUUUCAACAAAGUCUGCACUUCCCAGUACUUCCUGUGGUACCUGUGUCUACUCCCUCUGGUCAUCCCUCACCUGAGUCUGUCACUCAAACAGGGAGUCGGACUGCUGCUCCUCUGGUUUGCUGGGCAGGGUAUCUGGUUGUGUCCAGCCUACUUUCUGGAGUUUGAAGGCUACAACACCUUCCUGUUGAUCUGGCUCGCUGGUUUGCUCUUCAUGAUCAUCAACUCUUCCAUCUUGAUUCAGAUUGUAGCUCAUUACAAACCAACACAAACUGCACAGAGGCUGAAGGUUGAGUAACAUUCAGCAAUUUUAACUGAAGAUGAUAUGAACUAUGGAUACACGUUAAAAGAAUAAAGUGUGUAUUUUGUUAAAA